GUUUUCAGCUGUUUCCGAACGCGACAGCCAUGAUGUCGAGCUCCCAUUGGCUGUUGUCUGCGUACACGUCACAAUCAUGAUUAGAAUUGAUGAUCUGACGUUCUGAUUUCAUUGUCUGGGAAAUGGGACUGGUGAAGAAAUCUGCUGAUUUUAUGAUGUUCGCCUGAUUUUGACAUCAGAAAUGCCACGUUAGCCGGCAGUGUCUUGCCGCCGUCAACCAGGAUGAGCGCCGUCUCUCCUAGAAACAUGGAGGUGGUUCUGUGAUCAGCAUGGCCGCCCCGUUCCCCUCUACUAAAAUGGAGGCGUGGCCACAAAGGCGUGGCCAGCAGACUAUGAAUCUGCGGUCAGUAUUUACGGCUGAGCAGCAAAGGAUCCUGGAACGUUAUUACGACAACGGGAUGACCAAUCAGAGCAAGGCUUGCUUCCAGCUCAUACUUCACUGCGCUCAGGAGGCCAAACUGGACUUCAGUGUUGUCCGGACAUGGGUCGGCAACAAAAGACGGAAACUUGCUUCCAAGAUUGACCAGAAUGGAAGCAUAUCUCAUUCCCUGCCGGGUCACGGAAUAUCUGGAGGGCUGCAUCCCUCUUUAGCUGGAACCACACUUUCCAACCACAGCCUGGCUGCAGGGGUGCUGCUCUCCACUGAUAUGACUGCAGCGCGCAACAUCCAGAACCGCGUUCACCUCCUCCCUCAAUCCUCAUCUUUCCCAUCUCUCUCUUCAACCUCGUCCUCCCCGUCAUCCUCUUCCCCUCUCAGCAGUGGAAGCAACAAUAACACUAGUAAUAACGAUGUAAUACUGACAGGCAUUUACUCCCUAAAUUCAGUUCCCCGCUCCCAACCCCGAUCCACAGCGCCCUCGGAGCCUUCGGCGUCUUCACCUCUGAUCAGCCAGGUGCUGCAGAGCAGAAACACCUCCACGUCCUCGUCCAUCCAUUCCAAGCUCGUUUCCCUCGCUCAGACUCUCCCGUCUCUCACAUCUGCCUCAGGACCGUUAGUCUACACUGCAGUCAGGAAGGGCACUUUAUCCGUUGCGGAAGGAGUGAUAAGUGCAGGAGCAGGAGUGGUACCUCACAGCUGGACUCGACAGUAUGGAACAGGGCAGACGCGCCCCUGGUCCGCCUCCUCACAAGCCCAGACUCAGGCCCUGCCCAGACCCCACUCGAACCCCCAACUGCCUGCCCCACAGAAGCCCUGGGUCUCCCCGCCCAACCAGAACCCCAGCCCCCUCAACGAACAGACGCCCCGCAUCCAGCAAGUCUUCACCUUGUCAGAAAAAGGCGUUGAGGAGCACCUCAGACACGGAGAGACCUCCGCUCGUAAAAGCCAGGAGACCCACAGACCAACCGUUCGACCUCUAGAUACCAGUCAUAACCUUUCCAUUGCCAUGGAAACCGGAGAUGAAGAGGAUGAGUGGCAAAGGGAAGAGGAGCUCGCAAACAUGGCCGCUCAAUCCCACAUCCACAGGGAGCGGGCCGUGAUCAGCCCGGCGAAGGCUGAAGGGUCCGUCGUGAGGGGCGGCCGCACGCCUCCUCCGGACGUCUCCAAACUGGCUGCAGUUGAGAGCAGCACAACAAUUCAGGGCAGCUACUCCUUUACAGUGCAGACCUCAGUUACAGGAGAAUCCAGUUCACAGCCUUCACUAGAUGUGUCUGCAGCCCCCUGGGUUAUCAGUAACUCCAGGAAGAGAACACUGCAGGAUCGGACUCAGUUCAGCGACGCAGAUCUCGUCCAGCUGAAGCGCUACUGGGACCGAGGCAUGACGAACCUGGGCUCCAUGUGCAGGGAGAAGAUCGCUGCUGCAGCCAACCAGCUCAAUAUAGACGCUGAAAUAGUCAAGGAGGACAAAAAAUGCAUUUUGAAGAAAGCACAGUUAAAACAGACGUGGAUCAGCAACAGACGGAGAAAGUACCGCCUCAUGGGGAUCGAAAUCCCUCCUGCUAAAGGCCGGCCCAUCAUGUUCACAAGUUCUCCUUCAGGAAACAAGUCUGACGGGGAGAGACCCGCGACCCCCGACCUCGGGGAGGACUUGAACGAUGAGGGUUCCCCGUGCCUGCCUGAAGACGGAACGCUGGAUUCACGGGAGAUAAAUGAUGGGAUGGACAUUUCCUGUGUGGCUCCGUUGACCAACAAUGUGAAGAUUGAGAACAUCGACGAGGAUGAGGAAGCUGACGACGAUGAUGAAAUUGUAGCUUCAGAUCUUGAGCAAAUGCAGAACUUGCUCGAAUUCAAGCAUGAAGAAGUGCAGUUUUUAGAGCAUGAGCUAGAGAACCAAAAACAAAGAUACCAGGAGCUUGUAAAUUUCACCAAGGGUCUCCUCGUCGCUGUGAGGACCAAGGACCUGAAACGACAGCAGGAGCUCCUGGCCAGCCUACCUCAGCCUUCAGACCAGGACUGGGACGUAACUCUGGAACAGGGGGUCCAACAAGACGCAACGAGCAACCACCACGACCUGCAGGCAGACGGCCCGCGUAGUGCCGAUCGUGCAAAGGAUCGAGUCGAUGAAGGACUCCUGCAGGUCGCUGUGAAGCAAGACGAUGCAAUGACCGAGGAAGCUGAGCCCUCUGCAUCAGAGGACCAGUUACAGGAAACAGUCACACAAAUAAAGUGACUUAUUAAAACGCUCAACAACACACUCCACAAGCAAAAGGCAGGUUUUACACGAGAUGUGUUCCAGCCGCUCUGGUUGUCCGUGCACAGUGCCUGUGGAUCGAUAAACUUCACGAUGACUGUUGGGCUGACGAAUGCCUUUGUUUUUUUAAAUGCAUAUCAUUCGCCUUGCCUCUGGCGCAGUCCAGAGAGAACAAUAAAUGACCUCUAACUUA